AUGACCGUACUGCAGAUCUAUUCGCUCAACCUCAACCAUUUCUUAGCAAUGAUAAUGACCAAACUGUUUUUCUCUGAUGGAAGAUCAGUCCUUAUCACGUGUUUACGAAAACACCUCAUUAGCAUAUGCUCCAAAGGCUAUAAAAGGUCAGAAGAAGAAGAAAUGUCUUCAAUUCCUCCCGGCGAUAUCAACACUCAACCCAAUUCGAAGAUCGUCUUCAACGCUCCGUACGACGACAAGCACACCUACCACAUCAAGAUCAUCAAUGCUUCUGGCCGACGUAUCGGAUGGGCCAUCAAGACCACCAACAUGAGGAGACUUGGUGUCGACCCUGCCUGUGGGGUGUUGGACCCCAAAGAAGCCACACUUAUGGCUGUCUCCUGUGAUGUGUUCGACUAUGGACGUGAGGACACCAACAAUGACAGAAUCACCGUCGAAUGGUGCAACACUCCUGAAGGAGCUGCCAAGCAAUUCCGACGUGAAUGGUUCCAAGGAGAUGGUAUGGUCCGCAGAAAGAACCUUCCCAUCGAAUACAACCCUUGA